GAAGCGGCUGUGUACUUCUUAAUCGCUCACUGUUUUACGCACUGUUUAUUUCAGCUGACAGCCCAACCGCCGUGCGAGAUUAUAAAGAGGCCUAAAUCCCAUGACUUCAGCUUUUAUCGAUACUCGACCAGAUGACGGUGUCUGACGAGGCCUGAAAUCGGUCUCACAUUGCGCUUGUCCUUGCCAGACAUCCAGACAACCGCUUGGGCAGCUCGGCACUGGACAUCUCGUACUAUCUAUUGGAAAAAUGGGGAAAUAUCUAGAGGAAAUACAGAAAUGCCGGGUUUAACGUGAAGGUAACACCUUAAAUAGUUUAGUCUUGCUGGACCAAAUGUUUUAUAAAGGCUUUUUGCUACCAUGGAGGUCUUCAAUUUCCAUUUAUGAGACUGGAGUUGUUCUGUAGUGCUGUUGAAUACAGCCUGAAGCAUGAACUCCGUGUCUCCAAGUGCCGUUCAGUAUAUAGUAGGUGCCGGAGCACAUGAGGACAAGCCUGCACCACAGUCCAGACGCCACAUUGGCCAUGGCUCAGCGCCUGCAGAACCCGUUGAAGUGGAUCGUCUCAAAGUCAAGUUCAUGUCAGCAUGGAACAAUGUCAAAUAUGGAUGGUCUGUUAAAUCUAAAACUACCUUCAACAAGACGUCUCCUCUGACACUCAUGGGCCAGUCGUAUCUGUUCAAUAGUGAAGAUGAGGUGGAUCGUUUCCGGCGUGCUUUCGUGUCCUGUGUGUGGCUCACAUACAGGAGGGAGUUUCCUCAGCUGGACGGGUCCGGCUUCACCACAGACUGCGGCUGGGGCUGCAUGCUGCGCAGUGGACAAAUGCUACUGGCGCAGGGAUUAAUGCAGCACCACAUGCCUUCAGACUGGAGGUGGCCCGACUGUCACCCGCUGACAGAUGUUGACUUUGAGGUGCUGAAGCCCCGAUCACCGUCCCGUCCUGCAGGCAUGUCCCUGCCCUCCUUCACUUCAUCCUGGAGCAGCCCUAUUUCCCAGCAGGACCCCUCCUCUGGCAUCAGUGAGGGUCUCAGACAGGCAUACGGGCAAUGCCCUGCAACCAGCCAUGACCCUCAGGUGGAAGCUCUGCACCGGAAGGUGGUGUCCUGGUUUGGGGACCAGCCUUCAGCUCCGUUUGGCGUACACCAGCUGGUGGAGCUGGGAAAAGAGUCCGGGAAGAGAGCAGGGGACUGGUACGGCCCAUCAGUCGUGGCACAUAUGCUGAGAAAAGCAGUGGCUAGAACCACAGAGUUUCACAACCUUGCUGUAUACGUGGCUCAGGACUGCACUGUAUAUAAAGGAGAUGUCAUGCGGUUGUGUGACUCGUCACUGAUACAAGAGCUGCCAGAGUCCAGUGGUACAGCGUGGAAAUCAGUCAUCAUUCUAGUGCCAGUACGGCUGGGUGGAGAAUCAUUAAACCCAUCAUACAUUGAGUGUGUUAAGAACAUUCUCAAAAUGAAAUGCUGUAUAGGAAUUAUUGGAGGGAAACCCAAGCAUUCCCUCUUUUUUAUUGGCUUUCAAGAUGAGCAGCUAUUGUAUCUAGACCCGCACUACUGUCAGCCGGUGGUGGAUGUCACCCAGGGCAACUUCUCUCUGGAGUCAUUUCACUGUAACUCGCCCAGGAAGAUGAACUUCAGCCGCAUGGAUCCCAGCUGUACGAUUGGCUUCUACGCACGAACUAAGGAAGAUUUUCAGUCUUUGUGCUCAGUGGUCAGUGAAGCUUUGUUGUCCUCGAAAGAGAAGUAUCCUAUCUUCACAUUUGUGGAGGGCAGGGGGCAGAACUAUGGGCUGGAGGAGCAGAGCGGGGGGGCCGUGGAUGAUCCAGUAAACAUUUUCUCAUGCAACAGACUGAGCAGGAAUACAAAUAGGGGAAGCACAGAUGAGUUUGUGCUCUUGUGAGGAGCAUAUAACCCCCAAAUGCUGCUGCACUGAAAUAAAUGAAACUACUGUUCCUGAUGUUUGUGCACUGCAAAACAUGAUGGCUGCUUACAAACAUUGCCUCAUGCAAAGUUGACUUGUGUAAGGGUGAAUCUCAAGAAACCUGCCAGAACAUGUCCAGGUCAUAUUACACCCCAAAUUCAAAGGACAAAAAGAAGACAUUAUAUUUUGCAUAAAGUAAGCAAAGCCUAUCUUUAAGUCCAUUAAGAUUUUUUGCAUUGUGACAUUCAUUUCAUGUUAAUUAAGCACAUUUCCACUCCAAA